AUGUCUCCUGAGUAUGCAUGGACAGGAUUGUUCUCUGAGAAGUCUGACAUCUAUAGCUUCGGAGUUCUGAUGUUGGAAAUCAUCAGCGGGAAGAGGAUUUCACGUUUCAUCUUUGGAGAUGAAAACAAAGGCCUUCUUGCAUAUGCAUGGGAAUCUUGGUGCGAGACCGGGGGAAUGAAUGUUCUGGACAGAGAUCUUGCUGAUUCAUGCAACGCAUUUGAAGUUGCGAGAUGUGUUCAGAUUGGUCUCCUCUGUGUUCAACACGAAGUUGUUGAUAGACCCAACACUCUUCAAGUACUGUCUAUGAUAACUUCAGCUACAGGUCUUCCCACACCGAAGCAGCCAAUAUUUGCAGUGCAUUCACUAAACGCUGAGUCAAUGUCACAGUCAAAAUCUAAAGAUCUUAUCUCUGUGAAUCAGUUAACACAGUCUGCGGUCCAAGGAAGAUAA